CGUCGACGACGUCAUCUUUAAGCUCACAAGUGUGGCUGACAAACAGUGAGCCACACGUUCGCGACCGAAUUUAAUGCUGUUGGGACAAUCGCUCUUCGCAUAUUUGACCACAUAAGAUGUCUUCACUCCUCAAGGUGGACAAUGAAAUUAAAACCAAGGUUGAUGCUUUCAGGGAACGAAUAACUUCAGAAGCAGAGGAUCUAGUUGCGAAUUUUUUCCCAAAGAAGUUACUGGAACUCGAUCACUUCCUCAAGGACCCCAUCAUAAACAUCACUGAACUGAAGGAGAUCCACUCGGAGAUAAACCUGACGGUGCCGGACCCCAUCCUGCUCCCAAACCUACAUGACGGACUAGAAGCGCAAAAUGCCAAAAAGAGGAAGCUGGAGGAUGGAGACAAGGAGGACAUUGUGACGGGCACCAAGGUCUUUGUCAUGCCCGGUGGGAUGAUGAAGAGCAACGGUAACCUUGUUGAUCUUAUCGAAAAGGUCAAACCAGAGAUCAGGACGCUCAUAGAGAAAUGUAACACUGUCAAAAUGUGGGUUCAGCUGCUGAUCCCCAGGAUAGAGGACGGCAACAACUUCGGAGUGUCCAUCCAGGAGGAGACGGUAGCUGAACUCAGAACAGUUGAAGGGGAGGCAGCAUCCUACCUCGAUCAGAUAUCAAGAUACUACAUCACAAGGGCAAAGCUGGUUUCUAAAAUAGCAAAAUAUCCACAUGUGGAGGACUAUCGGCGCACAGUAACCGAGAUUGAUGAGAAGGAAUACAUCAGUCUGAAGAUCAUAGUAUCGGAGCUCCGAAAUCAAUACGUAACGUUACACGACAUGAUCCUGAAGAACAUUGAGAAGAUUAAGAGGCCUCGAAGCAGUAAUACUGACGCGUUGUACUGAUGUUCAUCCAGCCAUUUCAACCUCCACCUCCCAUCUCCACCUCUCUCCUCCUCCUCCUCCUCCUCUUCCUCUCCCCCUCCGUCUCCCUGCCAUGACUGUCCAGCUACAGUAACCUGGUCCUGGUCCAAAGGACUCCGUCUAGACAUUCACCUCCUUCAGUACAAUCAACUCAGCCCAGUACAGAAACAUCAGCUUCCAUAGAUGGACAUGACGCACAUGUUUUUGUUUUAAUUGUACAAUAUUUUUUCUUGUUUUAAACCCUUGGAAGACAUAAAUAUUCUCAUAGACGACAAAAAAGCGCUAUGUAUUUUUUAAUUUUAAUUAAACGUUUCGUCCUCAGAUUUUUUGUGAAAUUGCUUCAUUUAUAGCUCUUAGGAAACAUCGUUUUCCCGCCCGCCGCUCCACUGAAUGUUGACUCUUUACUGAAGUCUCGUGUUAGAUUCACUGCAUGUGACGGUAGUUUUAAAAAGAAUCCAGAACAUGAUGCUGUUUUAAUUUUUCCUCUGAAUGUUGUACAUUACACAGUUUAGUCAUAACAAACAUGAAGUCUGCAGGUUUUAGUUCCACAGGCUUAUCGGUUUUCAGUGAAAAUCACCAAAGCGUCUUUCACCGGGGCAUUGACUCUAUUUAAUAAAAACAUUUUUAAUAACA